GACUGUGGCUUGGUGCACGUGGACAAGUCAUUACUCACGGCAAUAGAGGGGACCAGUAAUGGGAAUAGGGAGCCUGCCACACUCUUAUACGUAUAUUGCCCUAAUAUUUUAUAAUUCUGUUAGUCUUUCUUAGCCAGACGUAAAAGAUGCGCCGCUUGACCCCUGCAACCUCAUAACACUUCAUUCCUUUAUGGUGAAGCGAACACACACACACACACAUACACACACACACACACACACAAAUCACGACAGCUUGUGCAGAGGGAAGGGGAGUAGUGAGCAAAUGACAGGGCACAGAUGAAAAGGAAAAAAUUAUGAUGGCGAAUUUGUGAAUCGAAGUUGAAAAGACCUUGGAAUGUCCCCCGCCCUGAUGCAGACACACUCAUUACUGCCUGCCUUCUCCCUUUGACGCUAGGCCGUGGUCGUCUGCUGGGAAAUCAUAAUAAUUUAGGAUGUGUGAGGGACGUCUCAAGAAAUGCUAGGAUAAGUAUAAUCCUUCCCCCGCCUGUCUGACGUACAAGUAAACCAAAACUAACUUUCACUUAUAUCAUGAACCACAAGACUCUAAGUAGUUUUAUAUUUCCAUUCAUACGUUUAUGUUAAGGUGAUGAAUUCAAUACGAACAUCCGUAUUAAGGAAGAAGACCGUAAAAGCGAAUUUUUUGGUUUGAAAGGAGACCGUACGAUAACUUCAGUGGGGGAUGUGGCAGCAAUAGAUUAAAUGCCCUCAAGGAAAAGAAGUAUUCAGUGUGGAGUUAAGACGUGAGGGGUGUACGCUCGUUGUUUUUUUCUCCACUACUUGAUGCACAUAACCGUUCCAAAGUAGAAGCAGGAGUGGCGCGUGCGAGGACAAGUUAGUGAAGGGCAGGCCGAGAGGGGAAGCAGAGAAGCAACCUGGGCGAGGCGUCUCAGGAAAGUUUGAAUUUGCCUCACUCAACUUGCCAAAACCAUACAAUGCAAUAUAAGGCGAGGUGGUAGAGGCGCCUUGAGAUGAGAGGAGGGGAGGUAAGAUGGGUCCUGGCCGUGGUGGUGGUGGCGGUGGCAGUCCCCAGCUUGGCCCAGCACAGCCGAGCCAACUGGGGGCGUCAGACACCUUCCCAGUCCCCACGCCGCCACCACGCCCCUGCUACGCCCCCACCCACACGGAGAUCACGGUGGGAGGAAGUGAGCGCCCGGCACCAUGACCCAGCACGCCCUUCCAUCAGAGAGGCGUGGGCGGAGGGGCAGACGAGAGGGGACACACACGCUCGCCACCAGGACUACGUACCACGCCUCUCCAGUGCUCGCCACCACGUCCCCGCCACAACACGGCGUCGUGAACACUACUCAUCACUCAGAAGGACCCAGGCGUAUUCACAAAGGCGUCCUCGCAAACCAGUUAUCAGUAGGGACCUUCCAGUCUUCCAGUCGACACGUCAGCACCAAGCCACACUGCAUAAUGCUAUUCCAGAUCAGCACCAGCAGCAGCAGCAUCAGCACCAGCAAACUAAGAGGUGGCAGAAGGCCCAGCAGCAGCACAGGCCCGCCAGCAGCACCGCCAGCACCACCAGGAGAGACCGCCGGCCUAACAUAGUGCUGAUUAUGACGGAUGACCAAGAUGUGGAGCUGGGUUCCCUAAAUUACAUGCCUUACCUGAUGGAGCAAUUAAGGGAUCAGGGGGCAUUAUUCCCUAACGCCUACUGCUCCACACCCAUCUGCUGCCCCUCCCGUUCCUCUCUCCUGACGGGGCUGUACAUCCACAACCACGAGGUAUACACCAACAACCGCAACUGUUCCUCGUAUCACUGGCAACAGACUCAUGAACGCCGCAGCUUUGCCACCUACCUGGCCAACGCUGGGUACAGGACAGGCUACUUUGGGAAGUACCUCAACAAGUACAAUGGCUCCCACAUCCCAGCUGGAUGGCACGAGUGGGCGGGACUCAUCAAGAACUCCCGCUACUACAACUAUACUGUCAUGCGCAACGGACACUUUAUCAAAUAUGGUGACCAGUAUCCCAGGGACUACUACCCCCAUGUCAUCACCAAUGAGGGGCUGCAGUUCCUCAAGAAGAGCCGGGCAUCUAUGCAGCCCAUGAUGUUGGUACUGAGCUACCCGGCACCCCAUGGCCCGGAAGACUCUGCACCAGAACACUCACACCAGUUCUUCAACGCCACUGACCACAACACUCUAUCCUACAACUACGCCCCCAACCCAGACAAACAGUGGCUGCUGCAGUUCACUGGCCGCAUGCAAGACAUAGAGGUCAAGUUUACUGAUAUCCUGAUGACCAAGCGACUCCAGACACUGCAGACUGUGGAUGAGUCAGUGGCCAAGGUGGUGAAUGCCCUGCAGGAUCUCGGGGAGCUGGACAACACCUACAUCUUCUACACCAGCGACCACGGCUAUCACCUGGGCCAGUUUGGGCUCGUCAAGGGGAAGUCCAUGCCGUUUGAAUUUGACAUAAAGGUUCCCUUCCUGGUGAGAGGCCCUGGGAUCAAGCCAGGCGUCCAAGUCAACAAUAUUGCCCUGAACAUUGACCUUGCCCCGACCUUCUUGGACAUAGCGGGUGUCAAGCCACCAGCACACAUGGAUGGGAGGUCGCUGCUGCCUGUCCUGUCUAGUACGUGGAAUAACUCGGAGGAGUCGCUGAGCUGGAGGGACAGCUUCCUGGUGGAGAGCUCUGGCCGACACCGGGAGGAGGAUGCGCUGGAGUUGAGGGAGGCGCGGCGCAGGAACAGGGCGCAGGGCCUCUCAGAGUCAAGCAUCACGGGCGGCCUGUACACCUCAAAGCGGGAGAGGCUGGAGAUCAUCUGCCAGAGUGAGGAGUACAGGGCACCGUGCUCUCCAGGGCAGAAAUGGGAGUGUGUGCAGGAGAUGAACAGGUGGCGACUACACAAGUGCAGGAAGAGGAAGGUGAGAGGACCCAAGGUGAAGUGGAGGCGGCGGAACUGUGUGUGUGAGCCGGACCUGGGCAUGGGCUACCUAGUGCGCCUUGACUCGGCUGAACGUCGCAAGCAGCGCACCUUCCUCAAGAAGCACCUGACGCAGGACCUGAGGACCUUCAACACCAAGUUCAUCAAGGUGUUCAGUGACGUGGACAGCCAGGAGCUGAUGGAGCAGAGCCUUCUUCAUGUGUCGGGCAGGAAGAUGUUACUGCCACGCUCACACCACACCAGCGCCAGGCAGAGGAGGAGCACCAGGCCAGAGCAGGUGGGUGCAGGACACAUGGAGGAGGACGUAGUGGAUGCCUUUGUGAAGGACGAGGAAAUCCGAGACCUGGACGUGACCAUCAACACUCUGUCUGACGAGCUGGAGAGUCUGGAGAGCAACAUUGCAGCCACAGUUGUCUCAGCCAACACAUCCACCUCCCUGCCAGAGAGCCACGAGAGUCUCCGCCAUGGGUGCCGGGUGACGGGCAGCACGGUGGGGUGUACAGACGAUGUGUACCGGGAUCCCCAGGCCUGGCGCCUCAGCAAGGUGGCCAUCGACCAGCAGAUCCGCCGCCUCAGACACCAGCUCAUCGUCAUGAAGGACAUCCGCAAACACCUGAGGGACGCACGGCCGGACUCCCUCAGGGAAUAUGAUGACUAUGAGGAUGAUGAUGAUGUCGCUGCAGACUACACCACAGGGCUGGAUGGCCUGGAAGACACCACUGCUGCCCCCACCACCACCUCCACUACCACCACCUCUACCACCACAGCCACCACCAAUGCCACCAGGCUCCACAGUGUGGAGCCUGAGGAAGAGUCAGGAAUGGGAGCCUCCACCACACCCCCUGAUGUCACCAUGGCCAGUGUGACUCCUGCUGGUGUUGAUGUAGUGGAGGAGGAGGAGGAGGAGGAGCAGGAAGUAGGGAGGCAGAGUGGAGGUGGUGGUGGUGAUGGUGGUGGUGCCACAAACCUUGAAGAGGCAGAUGAAGUUGUCAUAUAUGGAACAGAUUACAGCACAGGCAGUAGUCAGGAGAGCCAGGGUGAGGAGGAGGAGUCCAAGGAGACACAGGCAGGGGUGGAGGACGAGGUUGGGGGCGGGUGGGGCAGUGCUGGCCACCUCCCCCUCAGCACCAACAGGUUUGAGGUAUUCCCUGUCCAUGCUGCCACUGGCCGGCGCCAGACUGCCAUCACCCUGGAGAAUGAGACCUCAGCGCAGGAACAGUGCUGGUGCAACAGGAAUUUCAGGCUGGAGCAGAAAUUGGUGGAGCGUGACAGGAAGCGGCAGGAGCGGCAGAAGUUGCGUCAGGAGCGGCAGUCCAUCAAGCAGCGUCGGCGGGAGAUUAAGGAGAAGAAGAAGAUGAGGAAGAUCAAGAACAACCUGGCCCAAUGCAAUUACACCAUGCUUAACUGCUACACCCACGACAACGACCACUGGCGCACCCCUCCCCUGUGGCAUGAUGGAAAGUUCUGCUUCUGCAUGAAUGCCAUCAACAACACGUACUGGUGUGUCCGAACCAUCAACCAAACCCACAACUUUCUCUACUGCGAGUUUAUCACCGGCCUUGUCACCUACUAUGACCUCAAUAUUGACCCCUACCAGCUGAGGAACGUUGCUUUUACGCUGUCCAACAAGCGGCUGGCUGAGCUGCACCGCCGCCUGGAAGCCUUGCGCACCUGUGCUGGCGCUGCCCACUGUGACGACCUGCCCGAAGCAUCCCAGAGUACUACUGCCAGUGCCCCACAGCUGGACCUGCACCAUGAGGAAUCCCAGCUGGAGGAGAAUGAGGAGCAUGACCCAGGGGACAACAGGGUGGAGGUGAUGGAGGUGUCCCCGCGGCGGGGCAAGGAGGAGCGGCGUCGCCUGAGAGAGGAGAGGCAGCGGCACCGGGAGGAACGGCGGCGCCUAAGGAAGGAACACAAGAAGUGGAAGAGGCACCAGCUGCAGGCGCUGCGGGGCCACCGGGUGCUGCAGUCCACCGGCUCUAACAAGAAUAUCAUCCGCCUGCCCCGUAAGAGCCGUGCGCACGGCCGCCGGCGGGAUGGUGAGCGCCGGCGGGAGAAGCGGAGAGAACGGAGACGGAGAAAGAAAAGUAGAAAAGUUAGAAUCUCAUGAAGAGUAGGGGAUUUAUUUAUCUUUAUUAUGAAAUAAUAAUGUUGUCAACUAAGGGUUGGCAUUAACUAUAUUGGUAAGAUAAUUCAAUCACUGAAAAUACUCUCUCAUUUUGCCAUGAAAGUUGUAUGGUUUGGUAUUUGCAAAACAAAACAAUUUUGUAAUCACAUCAUCAUUAGUGAUCUCAAAAAUCAUAAUCAUUUAUCAGUAAACAAUAUUUAAUUACUCUAUACAUGUAUCUCUAUUCUCUAGACAUCUAAAACAAAUGCAUUUAACCGAGGGAUUUAUUUCCGGAUGCCAGCGUGUGACAUGCAGGUUUUGCAUUUAGUGAUGUCAAUACUCUAGUGUAUUAGUGUCAAUACUCUAGUGUAUUAGUAUGUGAAUCAGCUUGUUCCUUCAUUGUGAGUCUCAAAGCAAGAGACCCCAAGUGUUCAAAUCAAGACAGCAGGUUCCCAGCACAGCACAGACUGUCACCCCAUGCAUCAUUCAUUCUGUACGUUGUGAACUGUGGUUUGGGAAAACACUCGGUGCCGGAAAGGAAUAAGUUACAUUCUACAUUGAGGCUGCUGCUUUAAUGUGUCAAUCUGGUCAGCUUUUUUUUUAUUAGGCAUUGCCAAAGUUGUUGCUGAGGCUAUACUACAAAACACAACUAAGCUUUUUUAUAUAAAAUAAUUUUAGCCUGUAUGGGAGGUAGUGAGAUAUAAAUUAGACUGCCUUGUAUAUUUAUGACCAUGUUUUAGAGUGUCACACAGUGGUUAGUGGCCCUUGGUUCAAGACCAGGACAGCUGUGCUUAAUCAUGCCUUUCCUUCAGCCUCUCCCUGCACUGUGGGCCAGCCGGAAGAGGAGUGACACCCAAGGAAGGUACUAAAAUUGGUAAACUGUUAAUAGUGAUCUCGUAUCCUCAGUUAGGUUUUCCCCACUGUAAUCCAUCACUCCAUGAAACAAAUUUCACUACUGAGGCAACAUUCAAUGCUGCGUAGGCCUUCCUGUAUGAUGGAUGCCACAAGGCUUGUAUGAAUGAACUCAGUUUUGAUAAAACAAAGUUCUGAAUUACAUGUCAGUGCCAUGAUUGCCAGCAGCCAGCGAGCCUCACCAUUACAGGUACAGACUUCCCUCCAGUCCUGGGUUUCAGUGCCUUGGACUGGCCUCCACCAAGGAAUGAAGUGCAUGUGGAUAGUAGUAGUAGUAUUACCAUUUUUCAUGUGUAUUACUUUUCUCAGCUUGAUUGUGUUUCAAGCACAUCAUUUCAUCCACUCAUGUACAACAACAGUCUUCAUGUUUUACUCACACAUGAAGGCUUCUCCAUAUGUGUGAAGUUGUCUUCUGGAAACACGUGUUCCAAUUUUACAUUGUCAGAAGAGAAAUGUUGAAUAUUGCAGGUGCAAACUGCUGCCCGACUUGCAUCCCACAGGUGCCAUGUGAUGAAUACCUCUGAUACAUCGAGUUGAUAUAUUUUUUACAUAUGAACUUUAUGAACCUGAUGAGUGACAGCAACCCUGUGUGACUCUGUGACACUGUGAUUUGUUUAUUUUGUAAAUAAACAUCCUGUGAGCCAUAA